CGCCCCCAUUCCACUGUCAACGAUGUUGUGGAAUUUGGCCUGAUAAAUUUGGCUUUUAGCAUUGUUUCCUCUCGAUUGUUGGUCCGGCGAGGCCAGACGUCGAUUGUUGCCGGUCAAAAUUUCUAGUAGCAUGGAUUCUCUGAGCUAUUUUCGCAGAAACACCUCAAAACCAAAAAGAAAUUUCCUGAAGGAGAACAAGCGGCAGGUGAGGAAGCUCGAGGAGCAGUUUCGCGAGACGCACAUCGACGAGCCGCGGGCGCCGCUGCGCAGCCAGAAAUACGCCAACGUGCAGCCCAAAAUCCAGACGCAGACCGUGAGACGUCCAGCCUCGGCGUACGCCGCACCGUCCACCCGCACGGACUCGACCGGCAGCCGGAGGGCCGCGUCCGCCGCCGUCAGCACCUGCGACGAGGCCGUCCAGUGCUGCGAAGAGGCGAAAAUCCUGCGCAGCCAGGGCACGCAGACUGACGACGACAGGGGCGUCCAUCAGGGAAAGGAGCUCUCGGCGUCAGCUGGCACCUGGGAGCAGCGCUCAGAGCUCAGGUUGAACCUGGCGGAAGGGCCCGAGGUGACUCAGAGAACGUCUAGUUCGGGGGAUAAACUCGUGCGGUGGGACCUCAGCUCUGAUUCAGGGGUCAAAGAGUCAGCUAAGGGCGGCUGUGAUCAAGGUUCAGUGGUGUUCAGCGACAACGAGCGGCUGCAGACCCUGGAUCAGCUGCGGACGGCGCAGGAAAAGCUGCUGGCCGAGCUGAACCGGCUGCCGGUGCGCUCAAACACGCUUCGGGUGCAGAACAAACGGCGGGAAAUUGACUCUCAGCUGGACAAAAUCGAAUCCAUGAUGAAGACCUUUUCGAGGCCGCAGCGGUCGCAGUCGUCGAGUCGGUAGACAAAAUUCAGUGGAAGUGAAAUUGCGCUGUGAAACUAAUUUUAAUUCUUUUUGUAAAGAUAAAUAAGAAAGAACAAGGUGCAAAUUUAUUAUAAACAUGA